AUGGCCUCUAUGGCCUCCACGGCCAUGUCACUUGUCACGCGUGGCAUAUACCAUGACACCCCGCCAGGCAUACAGACCAGAAAUGAGAUCAAUCCGACCCUAAUGAUGAGCUGGUGGGCUACCCUAUUCUCGUUGAUUAUCAUCAUCGUACGCCUAUUUGGUCGUUAUAUUCGUGUCGAACGCUUUUUUACCGAGGACAAGGUCAUGAUGAUCAGUGUUAUUCCCCUGUUGAUUCGCAUGGUCCUGGUGCAUUUUGUUCUCAUAUUGGGGACCAACAAUACCACCACCACAGGCCUGACAGAGAAGGAGAUCUCGAAUAGAGAGCUGGGCAGUAAGCUGGUUCUUGCUGCGCGGAUAUUCUACGCUAUCUUCAUCUGGACGGCCAAAGUGACGGUGUGUGAAUUCUUAAAGCGAGUCACAGGGCUGACCUGGCGCCGGUCAACAACUUUCUUCCUCCGCUUCAUCUCCUUCUUCCUCUUCUCAACCCUAGUAGCCGUGGUCAUCGCAACCCUAUCCGAAUGCCAACCCUUUAGCCACUACUGGCAGGUCAUCCCAGACCCAGGCCCAACCUGCCGCACUGGGUAUAUCAACCUAAUAACAAUGGGAUCCUGUGACGUGAUCACCGACCUUUUACUCGUGGCCAUCCCAGUACCCAUCAUCCUCAUGGCCCAAAUGCCUCUAAGGCGCAAACUCGCCCUAUCAAUCCUCUUCUGUCUAUCCCUGAUAUUGGUCGCCAUAACCACCUACCGCGUUCCCUCAGUAAUUGAACACAACGGUUCCCAACCAUAUCGCUCCCUCCUUGCCUCCCUCGAAAUCCUCGCCGCAACAGCAGUCUCAAACGUCCUAGUCAUAGGCUCCUUCGUCCGAGACCGCGGCCUCAAGAAAUUAAAAUACAAACGAGCACAAGGCUCAGCCUCUGUCUCCGAAAGUAUGGACAAAUCAUACAUCCGCAGAAACACCGUCAUGCAAAAUCAAUGGGGCUCAGACUCCGAACUCGCAACAGGUCUAUGCAUCCGUCUAGACCCAGAUAUCUACACCAUCCCAGGAUCCUCAGACGGAACACGUCUACCCAGACCAGCACCUGUCGCCCCACCAGCUCACAUCCCACUAGCAGUCGCACGAACAGGAACCCUCGAUCCAGCAUGGUCAUUCGCAACAACCCGUCGCUCAGACGACGAUCACACAUCCACAACAGAUAGUCUCGAGCCUAAAAUCUCGCCCCGCGAGUACCUACGCACAAACCAGUCCCCGCGCGAAAUCUCACCGACAUCAGAGGUGCCGCGACGCGUCUCCUUCUCAGAUGUCGGCGGUUUGUUGACAAGAGCACUACCCGAGUCUGGGUCUGGUCAUGUGCGUGCCCAGACCGAGGAGAACGUGCCGCGUUGGAGAAGCGGCGGGAGUAGGGCUUUUUUGGAAGAUUUGGGGAUUGUGGUCCCGCGUGCGACGUUUGGACUUCGGCCGCCGCUUUCUGGCCCUGCGGAAUUGCCGUUUCCUGCGGCGGCUUUCGGUUCUCGUUUGGUUUCGGUGUCUGGUUCUUCGGAUUUAACGAUCGAUGCUCAUGUUGAGCUUCAUGAUGUUGGUGGGUUGUUAUCGCGGCCUGAUCAUUAA